AUGGACCCCCUCCACAAGACCGACUCGGCCAUUUCGGUUGCAUCCAAGGACAAUGACGUUUAUGAUGAGCUCUCGGCUUACCACCAACACCAACCGCCACCUUCCAAGAGGCUCAGGCCAGAUGACGACUCUCAAAAUCCAGCCAGCUUCCAUCAACCCUCAACGACACCACAGCCAGAGUCUUCCCCCCAGGAGUCUCUGGCCCCAGUAACUCGACCAUCCGUGGCCCCCACCAUAGCGAACCUCAUUUCGCCUCCUGAUGAAUCUUCUCCGCCAGCGGCGCAUGGGAGCCCAUCGCUGCCUCCUUACGAGCAUGCCGGAUCACCGCCCUUGGCACACCAGCAACCCGCAACCACUCAAACGCACAGAGCUGAUCCAUGGACCUCCACCGAUUACCAACAUCCUUACUCGCCUCAUCAAUCCAGCGAGCCCAUAUACGCGCCGCCGACGGCUGGUGGCGACCAAUACGACCAGGAUUCUGUGCAGCAGGCCGGAAAUGGCAACAUUAUCGUUGAUGAGGACGAGCUGGAGUCCGAUCCAGGCUACGAGUCUGACCGCGCCAGCUUCGCCUCAACUUCUCUGUCCAGCAGCGCACGAGACUAUCUUUUUGAGAAUGGGCGUCGCUACCACAGGUUCAGGGAAGGCAGGUACAACUUCCCCAACGACGAGGCCGAGCAGGACCGGGAGGACAUGAAGCAUGCCUGCGUAAAGAUGCUGUGUCAGCAGCUCUACUUUGCGCCACUCGAUGACCGCAAGGUGCAUAAUGUUCUCGACAUUGGCACAGGGACAGGGAUAUGGGCAAUUGAGAUGGGCGACCAGUUUCCAGCGGCAAAUGUCACCGGUAUUGACCUCAGCCCCAUCCAGCCAGACUGGGUGCCGUCAAAUGUACACUUCGUCGUUGAUGAUGCCGAGAGCGAAUGGCUGUACCCAGAGGACCACUUUGACUACAUACACUCAAGACAUACGGUCAUGGCGAUCAAGGACUGGCCAAAAUUGUACAAACAAGCUAUGACGCAUUUGAAACCUGGCGGCUGGAUCGAAUCACAGGAAAUAUAUCAUUACCCGAUCUCGGCCAAUAAUUCGAUGCCGCCGGACCAUCCCAUCGCGCAGUAUUGGGGACUCAUCAAAGACGGGCUGGCACACCUAGGGGUCGACUUCCAUGCAGCGGCUGGCGGGAAAAUCGCGAAUGCGAUGCACGAGGCCGGGUUUGUGAACAUUCACGAACGCGUGCUCCAUGUGCCGAUUGGGACCUGGGCCAAGCACCCCAAUCUGAAGAUGGUCGGCGAGUACUGGAGGCAGGUCCUGCUGGAUGGCGCACAAGCUAUUGCGCUGGGCCCCCUAACUCGGGGCUGUGGGUGGACUCGGGACCAAGUAGAAGUCUUCCUUGUCGACGUAAGGAAGGCGUAUUUUGACAAUCUUUCCCUGAUGUAUAUGCCGAUGCACAUAGUCUGUGGGCAAAAGCCGGGGCAUGGAUUCUGA